CCGCUAACAAGUCAUGUGUGUACGAUGUCCGAGAUUGUAUUGUAGGACCUCAGUGUGUGAGAGUGAGAAGGAACGGAAAGAUGUCGCAGAACGAAAAUUUAGCGAGUAGCGGUGGAAGCGGCGGAGCGAUGAUGGGUACUCAGGAGAAGUCGGGUUGCAGCUAUUCGGACGACGAAACACCAGACGGAGUUUGGGGAAAGUUAUUUCCCUGCAACUCGAAAUUUAUGUCUUUAGUUUUGACUAAAGACAAAUAUACUUUUGGAAGAGACUCUGAAUGUGACUAUUGCUUUAAUUCGCCCCAACUUAAAAGCCACUCAUCUUUCACUUCUUUAAGCAAGUUUCAUUUUUCAUUAAUAAGAGAAAAGACAAGUACAGGAAUAUUUACAUUGCUAGAAGAUCAUAGCAGUAACGGAACUUAUAUAAAUGGAGUUAAAGUUGGAAAAACUAACAAACAACUUUUAACUAACAAUGAUGAAAUCUCCCUUAUUGUGAAGAAGAAUAGAGCUUUUGUUUAUAUGGAUGAAAAAGCAGAAGAAAAUAGUCAGUAUCCAGUGCAAAUUACGAACAAGUAUACAGUCAGCACAAUGUUGGGAAGAGGUACUUGCGGGGAAGUUCGAUUAAUAUUCGAAAAAGGAACUUGUUAUCGAUACGCAUUAAAAAUUAUUUCUAAGAAAACAUUUUCAAGUUCGAAUAAUGAGGCUAUUUUGAAAAGGAAUAUUAUGAACGAAGUGAAUGUACUAAGGUCGUUAGAUCAUCCAUGUAUUGUGAAAGUUGAAGAUGUUAUAGAUACAGAAGAUACACUGUAUAUAGUUCUAGAACUAGUAGAAGGAGGAGAAUUAUUUGACCGUGUGGUGAGUGUUGACCAUUUCGACGAACCCACAGCUAAACUUUUGUUCUAUCAGAUGGUGGUUGCCGUAAAGUACCUUCACGAUCAAGAAAUAACACACAGAGAUUUAAAGCCAGAAAAUAUCCUUUUAUCGGGUGAAGAGAAUGAAACUGUUAUAAAGGUUACAGAUUUCGGUUUGUCAAAAUUUGUUAAUGAACAAACGAUGCUGAAAACUUUUUGCGGUACACCAACUUACCUCGCACCGGAAAUUAUUGUAAGUGCAGGCAGCGGUAGCUACACUAAGGCGAUUGAUUGCUGGAGUCUUGGCGUAAUAUUGUAUAUUUGUUUAGUCGGAUAUCCUCCAUUCAGUGAUGAUUAUAAGGAUAUGCCUUUAACGGACCAGAUAAUUCAAGGACGUUACAGGUUUCCACUGAAAUAUUGGCAUCACGUUUCUAAACCAGCUAUUGAUCUCAUAAAAAGGCUAUUAACCGUUAAUCCGAAUAACAGGAUUACUUUGGAAGAAGCACUUCAACAUCCAUGGUUUAAGGACAAGCCGAUUAUCAGAAAAGCUAAUGCAUUGAUGUAUCCCAAAAACCAGCAGAUGACACUGAGGAACAAACGAUCAAGAAGUUCGGAAUCCGAAGACACCGAAACGCCCAGCACUAGUAAACGCUCUUUGACAAAUGGAUACAAAGAGGACAAAUGAAUGUGGCAAACAUUCCAAAUGGUUAUAUACAUAUGUAUAUUUUUUAAAUUAAUUUUCACCUUUUUUUUUAUAUGGCAGCAUAUAUUUUUUUAAAAGUUUAUUAGGUAUGUAAGUUUAGUAUUAACUUUAAUACUAAAUUGUGUACGCACAUAUGAUUUAUAUGUCGUAAUGUAAUUAAUUCAAUAUAUGCAAACAUAUUUUUAUUUUGUAACAUUUACGGUCAAUUUUGAAAUCGUGCAUUUUAUAAUUAAAUGUAAAUACAAUUCUUUUUAAGAAAUAAACUAUAGAUUAUAGUUUAA